ACUUCCGGGUCGGAUUAGAGAAUUGGAAAUGAAAAAUCAAUUACCCUCUAUUCCCGAAGGACGGAAAAGGAGGUGAAGGAAAGACUUGGGAGGUGAAUUGGAUUUUCGAUGAAUUUUCUGCCAUUCUCGAAGCUUUACCUAGUACCAAAGGAACGAAAAAAAGGAAGGAAGAGGGAAAAAGGGCCAAAGUUCACUGGCAGUUGAUAGCUAGACCUAAGAAAGAAGGGGCGUUAGGUUUCAAAGACCUCAGAAGCUGGAAUAUGGCUUGCUUAGUAAGACAUCUCUGGGCUAUUUCUUCUAAUUCUUCUUCUCUAUGGGCAAGUUGGGUUAGGCCCUAUCAGCUCACCUAUACUUCUCUGUGGGACAUACCUACAUCUAUACCUUGCUCUUGGGCUUGGAGGAAAGUCCUGAAGAUUAGGACCAAAGUUGCUCAACAUCUAAUAGUCAGACCUGCAGGUGUGUACUGGGGAGACUGUGUGAUGCACAAGUUCUCAGUAAAAAAAGUCUGGGAGACUCUUCGUGAUAAACAUGAGGCUGUGCAGUGGUUUCCAUUGCUUUGGAAGUCUUUUGGAACACCUAGAGAUAAGCUUCUAGUUUGGUUAAUCAUCCUAAACAGAAUUGCCACAUUAGACAAGGUACAAAGGUGGAACAGUGCAGUGAUCAACCUAUGCCCAUUAUGUUCUUCUGAGGAGGAAUCCAGAGAUCAUCUUUUCUUUGGAUGUGCUUAUUCUAAGCGUGUGUUGCAAGCAAUGUUUGCAGGAAGGGAUGUGGUGGGGGCGAAUUGGGAAGGUUCCUUGGCAAAUGCUAUAUCACUGUUCAGGAUGAAAAACACUGUAUCUGAGCGAGGAAGGCUCCUUUGGGUAAUGGUGGUGGCCGAACUCUGGCGGGAACGAUGCAGAAGAGCUGGUGAGGCUCUAUCGGAAAACCAGCUACUGAAAAAGCUGCAAGGGCUAUUGCACCUACUCAGGCAUGGAUUCCCUCAGGUGGAACUUGCUGUCUCGGAAGAUUAUGUCAGUAGUAUUGUGCUUCUGUCUCUUGUUUAGUUUGUUAGUCAAAAUUCUGAGUUGCUAUUUGUCUGUAAACAGUGGUGUUGUUUGUUUGGUUCCAGUUGGGGGGUUUCUUCUUUUGAAAACCCUCCUUCUUGAUGAAUAAAAUCUGCUUAUUCAUAAAAAAAAAAUGGAAGGAAGGAAGGGGUACUGUUUAACUCGCCCCGAGAGAAAACAGCUCACGCUCUCUUUUAUUUGUCAUCUCUCUCCUCUCUCUCUCUCUUUUAUCUUCUUCUUCCCCGAAUAGGCAAGAACGAAUUGCCUUUUCUCCUCUGCAUGUUGGAUGAAGCUCUUCACUUGUCCGCCAUGCCCAGAUACGAAAAAAAUUAAUGAGUGAAACCAAUAAAUCCAGCUUGUGGAAUCAACAAAUCGAGAAUUGGUAGCCGUCAAUUCUAGGGAUGGAGCAUCUCAAUUAAAAUUGGUAUAAUCA